GGAAGUAAAUGGCUGAAUCUUCAUCACAAACAGAAGGCAGAAAAAGGGGGAACAUGGAAGAACCAGAAUUAUUUUCUCAUGACUCCAGCAGUCUCCUGUCUGAAGAUCUGCUGCUGUGUCCGAUGUGUGUGGAUGUGUUCACUGAUCCAGUCACCACUCCAUGUGGACACAACCUCUGUAAGAGCUGCCUUACACAGUGCUGGGACAUGAGUCAACACUGUCGCUGUCCAUUAUGUAACAAGAAAUUCACCAAGAGACCUGAACUGAAGAUCAAUACAACACUGAGAGAGGUUGCAGAUCUCUUCAAGAAGAAAAGUGAGCCACAUUAUCAUGUUCAGGACCGACUGAAGAAGAUAAAAGAGAUCAAACACUCAGUAGAGCAAAGCAAAAGAAGCACAGAGAAAGAGAAAGCAGACAUUGUUGAAGUCUUCACUGCUCUGAUUCGCUCCAUUGAGAGAAGUCAGGCUGAGCUGCUGGAGAUGAUGGAGGAGAAACAGAAAGCAGCAGAGAGGAAGGCUGAAAGACUCAUUAAAGAGCUGGAGCAGGAAAUCAGUGUGCUAAAGAGGAGAGACACUGAGCUGGAGCAGCUCUCACACACUGAGGAGCAUCUCCACCUCCUACAGAUUUACUCCUCCAUGUGCAGCCCUCCACACACCAAGAACUGGACUGAGAUCAGCAUUAACACUGAUGUGAGUGUGUACACUGUGACGACAGCUCUGUCUCAGCUUCAGCAGACUCUGAAUGAGAAACUCACUAAAUCAGUCAAUGACAAGUUAAAGGAAACAGAUCUGAAGAUGAUUCAGCAGUAUGCAGUGGAUGUGACUCUGGAUCCUGAUACAGCAAAUCCAUAUCUCGUCCUGUCUGCUGAUGGAAAACAAGUGACACAUGGAGACAAAAGACAGAAUCUCCCUGAUACACCACAGAGGUUUAAUUGGUGUAUCUGUGUUCUGGGAAAUCAGAGUUUCUCCUCAGGGAGAUCUUAUUAUGAGGUGCAGGUCAGAGGGAAAACUGGCUGGUCAUUAGGAGUCGCGAGAGAGAACAUUAACAGGAAGAGGGCAAUUACACUGACUCCUCAGAAUGGAUUCUGGACUGUGGUACUGAGGAAUGAGAAUCAGUAUGAUGCUUGUGAAGAUCCCUCUGUCCCCCUCACACUGAGAGAGAAGGUGGAGGUUGUGGGGGUGUUUGUGGACUAUCAGGAGGGUCUGGUCUCCUUUUAUGAUGUGAAGUCCAGAUCUCGUAUCUACUCUUUCACUGGUCAGACUUUCACUGAGAAACUCUAUCCAUACUUCAAUCCUGGUUUAAAUAAAGGAGGUAAAAAUUCAGCACCACUGAUCAUCUCCUGUAUUUAA